ACUAAAUAAUAGAACGUGAAUAACCAUUCUAUUCACAUUCUCAUUUUAUUUUCACAUUUCAUUGCUGAAACCAAACGCUGCAUGAGAGUAUGUGAGGAGCAUGCGCUAGACUGGAAAGUUAGACAUUCAGAAUUAUGGAUUUUUAGCGGCUCAGAUUUGGGCUUGAAAAUGAAUUGUGUGACGUUUUGAACAUUUUUAGUUGGACAGAUUUGGGCUUAAAAAUUCCAAAUAUGAAGAGGGAAACUUCUAAAAGGAACACAAAAUUUCAAAAUCAACAAGAAGAAUCUGCCCUUCACUGCAAGAAAGGGAUUUGUUCGCAUACGAACACCUACAAACCGCGCACUCUCACACCUCCCGCGCACUCUCACGGCGAGGUCAGUCUAUCGGCCACCGUCGACAACCGAAGUCCUUAAACACGCUUGUCUGGUAUUAAGAUAUGGCUUGUCAAUGAUGUACUCACUUUCUAAGGAGUUCCUCCUGAUAGUGGCAAAGUUAGAUUAAGUUCUUCUGAGUUAACAUUGCCUUUCUCAAUGGCUAAGCGAAGAGUUAAGAGAACUGUUAAACCAUCUGCUUCAUCCCCUGUAAGCAAUGUUGAUGGUGCUGGUCCGAGUAAGCCCCCAACUGAAAAGAGAGAGGAUGCAUCUAGAGACCAGGAAGUUGAACGACAAAGUGCCGCAAUCAGGGCCAUCCGUGAUAUGGAGAUUGAUCAUUUGCUGACUGCAUUACGUUUGCUCCGCUCAUAUUUCAAUAAGGAACAACUGCAGACUCCUGUUCUGCAAUUUUUCAGGGAAAACCUUCCUGAUCUGUCAAUAGUGAGAAAAGAUGGAGAGUAUGAAGUGCAAUGGAAGGACAAAGAUGGUAACUUAUCAAUGAGCCAGGCUGAUAGAAGAAGCAUACAUGCUUCUCUUCUGCAUAGGAUGUCCAUGGUUUAUCCUGACUGCUCUGCCGCAAUGCCGCCUUUCGGUGGCUUUGAAUUUUCAAGCAAAGCAGGGAAAGCAGGCCCUUUUGGUGUGGACAAUCUGCAGGUUUUGGAAGAGCCAUCAGAUACUCAGAUGUUUGGCUUGCAAGAUGGUCUCCAAACUCCAGCGGUGAGUAGCCAGAGGUUGUCUGUUGGAAUGACACCCAAAACUCUAAGGCUUCCUAAGCACGGGGAGAUGCUUUUAUCUGUCCAUGGCUCACCGCUUGGUGUCUAUAAGGAAGACAAUAUGGAAGCCAUAAAUGAGUCAGAAGAGGGUUAAGCGGCUACUGGUUCAAUUAGGCCGGAUGGUUGAAGAAUUCGUGGUACCUGCCAACUCAAGGCUGUUUUUGAAUGUGAUUUCAUUAUUGUAUCAUCAGUGUAAUUGUGCCUAUAUUCCAAUGGAUCAAAGUCUGUGAUGAGUGUCCCUCCCCUCCCCUUGAGCUUUCUUUCGUAUCUUGCACCUCUUCUUCAUAUAUUUGCCUCUCCAUAAAGAUAAUUGCUCAAUGAACUUUGUCUUCUUUUUCUUUUAAACUUCACAUAAUUUACAUGAAAUAUCAGGUUAUAUAUUGAUUUCCUAUGAGUACAUAAUUCAUCCCAUGCUUCCAUACCAUUUGAGGUGAGUUUUUCUCUCUUUUUUGUUUUUUGUUUUUUGUUUUUUUUCAUCCACUUUAUCUUUCUCGCUUUUCAUUAACCUCUGGUUCUAUUCCCCCUUGUUGUGUAGGCAUAUGAAUUUACCUUAGAAUGUUUGUGAAGCAGUAUGGAGUUAUGUCAUCUCCAUGGGCUGUCAGGAAAGGUCCCCAGGAUUAAUGUCAGAUAUGUUGGUUUUGCAAUUUACUGAUAAAUAAUGAGACAUUUGUUGUCAUUUAGAUUGUAAGAAAGUUUUGCUUUGUCUGGAUGGCUGCUUUGUCUCGAUGGCUGAAUGUGGGGAUUUUGAGAAAUCAUUACAUGGUUUCGGCCAAUCACAUGCUCUCAUGUAUGCAAUUGUAUUGUUUUUAUUUUUUUA